CCCCCUCUCGUGGGUGCUCUUUGAAGUGGAGGACGGAGGCGGCCAGGGGGAGGAGGAGGGCGGGCGAGGGGCAGAGCCUGCGGCCCUCUGCACUCUGAGCCUCCCCCUGCUCCCGGCACCUGGCACCUCCCUCGCACGGCGGCUCUGCCCCCUUCCCCGGGAGGACGACCUGCUGACCCGGGGGCCAGGCUGUAGGGGGACAGGCUUGGCGGCUUCUGAAACCCCUUCUCUGACCUGCUGGCAAGUGACACUCAGGACCUGAGCUAGACCCUGGACAGAGGCUGCCGAAGGCCCCCGUGCCUCCCUUCUAGGAGGAUGGCUGGCAGACGGCAGCCUUCACGCUGGGUCUGGUCCCUGCUGGCUGUGGCACUUCUGGCUGGGCGUGUGGCAUCUACUGGGGCCACGGACCACAGCCCGACGUCCAACAGCCUGGAGGGGGGCUCGGACGCCACCGCCUACUGGUGGGGAGAGUGGACCAAGUGGACGGCAUGCUCCCGCAGCUGUGGGGCCGGCGUGACGUCCCAGGAGCGGCACUGUCUGCAGCAGAGGAGGACGUCGGUCACGGGCGCGGGGAACAGGACCUGCACGGGCACAUCCAAGAGAUACCAACUGUGCAGACUGCAGGAGUGUCCGCCGGACGGGAGGAGCUUCCGGGAGGAGCAAUGCAUCUCCUUCAACUCCCGCGUGUACGACGGGCGGACGCACCAGUGGAAACCCCUGUACCCCGACGACUACGUCCACAUCUCCAGCAAGCCGUGCGACCUGCACUGCACCACCGUGGACGGUCAGCGGCAGCUCAUGGUCCCGGCCCGCGACGGCACGUCCUGCAAGCUCACCGACCUGCGAGGGGUUUGCGUGUCUGGAAAAUGUGAGCCCAUCGGCUGUGACGGGGUGCUCUUCUCCACCCACACGCUGGACAAGUGCGGCGUCUGCCAGGGGGACGGUAGCAGCUGCACCCACGUGACAGGCAACUACCGCAAAGGGAACGCCCACCUCGGUUACUCUCUGGUGACCCACAUCCCGGCCGGUGCCCGAGACAUUCAGAUUGUGGAGCGGAAGAAGUCUGCCGAUGUCCUAGCUCUCGCGGAUGAAGCCGGCUUCUACUUCUUCAACGGCAACUUCAAGGUGGACAGCCCCAAGAACUUCAACAUCGCGGGCACCGUGGUCAAGUACCGGCGACCCAUGGACGUCUACGAGACCGGCAUCGAGUACAUAGUGGCACAGGGGCCCACCAACCAGGGCCUGAACGUCAUGGUGUGGAACCAGAACGGCAGGAGCCCCUCCAUCACCUUCGAAUACACGCUGCUGCAGCCGCCGCACGCCCACCGCACACAGCCUGUCUACUACAGCUUCUCAGAGCCCGCCUCGGAGAGCGCGGAGAGCCAGGAGCUGGACGGGGCCGCGCUCCUGGGCUUCCUGCGGCACAACAGCUCUUUCUAUGGCCAGGCCUCCUCGGAGCGGCUGGGCCUGGACAACCGGCUGUUCGGCCACCUGGGCCCGGGGAUCGAGCUGGGUCUGAGCAAGGGCCGGGAGACCAACGAGGUGUGCGAGCAGGCCAGCGGCAGGGCCUGCGAGGGACCCCCCAGAGGCAAGGGCUUCCGAGACGGCAAUGCCACCGGGACGGCUCUCGCGGGGGACAAGGAUGACCCAGAGGUGGACGCGCAUCUCCCCUCUCAGCAGCUCCUCUCUGCCAAUGCCAUCUCCGACCGGCUCCUGGGCACCGGCUCCGACUCCAGGGAGCUCCCCUUCAAUGACACUGGCAACAGCAUCUUUGUGCAGGGCGCCCCGAGGAGCUCCCCGGCUGACAGCCUCUACGUGGACUACGAGGACAGCGAGGGAGCCGGCACUUACCUGCUCAAUGGGUCCUACCUGGAGCUGAGCAGUGACAGAGUGACUAACACCUCCUCCGAGGCCCCGUUCCCCAACGCCAGUGCCAGCCUCCCCGCCGUGGCCGGGAACAGGACCCACAAGGCCAGGACCAGGCCCAAGGCGCGCAAACAAGGCGUGAGCCCAGCGGACAUGUACCGGUGGAAGCUCUCGUCCCACGAGCCCUGCAGUGCCACCUGCACCACAGGAGUCAUGUCGACCUACGCCAUGUGCGUUCGCUAUGAUGGCAUUGAGGUGGAUGACAGCUACUGUGACGCUCUGACCCGUCCUGAGCCCGUCCAGGAGUUCUGCGCGGGGAGGGAGUGCCAGCCCAGGUGGGAGACCAGCAGCUGGAGCGAAUGCUCCCGCACCUGCGGCGAGGGCUACCAGUUCCGCAUCGUGCGCUGCUGGAAGAUGCUGUCCCCCGGCUUCGACAGCUCCGUGUACAGCGACCUGUGCGAGGCGGCCGAGGCCGUGCGGCCCGAGGAGCGCAAGACGUGCCGCAACCCGGCCUGCGGGCCCCAGUGGGAGAUGUCCGAGUGGUCGGAGUGCACGGCCAAGUGCGGGGAGCGCAGCGUGGUGACCAGGGACAUCCGCUGCUCGGAAGACGAGAAGAUGUGUGACCCCAACACCAGGCCCGUGGGGGAGAAGGACUGCACAGGCCCCCCCUGCGACCGCCAGUGGACUGUCUCCGACUGGGGCCCGUGCAGCGGGAGCUGCGGGCAGGGCCGCAUGAUCCGACACGUGUACUGCAAGACCAGUGACGGCCGGGUGGUGCCCGAGUCUCAGUGCCAGAUGGAGAGCAAGCCGCUGGCCAUCCAUCCCUGUGGGGACAAGAACUGCCCCGCCCACUGGCUGGCCCAGGACUGGGAGCGGUGUAACACCACCUGUGGCCGAGGUGUGAAGAAGAGGCUGGUGUUGUGCAUGGAGCUGGCCAACGGGAGGCCACAGACGCGCAGCGGCCCCGAGUGUGGGCUGGCCAAGAAGCCCCCGGAGGAGAGCACGUGCUUCGAGAGACCCUGCUUCAAGUGGUAUACCAGCCCCUGGUCGGAGUGCACCAAGACCUGCGGGGUGGGCGUGCGGAUGCGGGACGUCAAAUGCUACCAGGGGACUGACAUCGUCCGUGGCUGCGACCCGCUGGUGAAGCCUGUCGGCAGGCAGGCCUGUGACCUGCUGCCCUGCCCCACGGAGCCCCCAGACGACAGCUGCCAGGACCAGCCAGGCACCAACUGUGCCCUGGCCAUCAAGGUGAACCUCUGUGGCCAUUGGUACUACAGCAAGGCGUGCUGCCGCUCCUGCAGACCUCCGCACUCCUAGCCACCCCGCAGCCCCCCAGAGACCCGAGCGCUCGGCCCCGGGGGCCCCCCAGCGCCCGGGGCCCCUCUGCGGACACCCUUCCCGCAGGGCACCCGGGCCGUGAAGACGUGACACUGAGCCUCUGCUCUCCCCCGGGGAAGGAGAGCCCCCCCCUGCCCCCACGAGUGCGCCCCGGGCCCCCGCCCCUGCCCGGGAAGGUGUCUUAGGGCUGCAAGGACGGUCGUGUUUGUGGGUCCCACCGGCCAGCCCCCGGCUCCACCCAAGGGGCCUGGGAAUGUCCUCUCUCCCUCCCGGGCUGUGGGGUCGAGGACCGGGGCUGGGGCGGCGGGGAGAUCCGGGUGCCGCCGCCUCGGACCCGGAUCCUGUUCGGGUGUGCCCCUUCCAGAGGAAUUGUAUCUCGCAAGUAGCGUCCACUUGCCUCGUUCUAUGAAGCUCUCGCGCACGGAGGGACCCGCUGCACUUUACGCCCCAGGAGGCGGCACUCUUUCUCACGGCACACUAGGAUAUGGUCGUCAGCCAGUGCUCCUGUAUGUUAAUAAAGUGGUCGUAUUUAUGGCGGCAUCGUGGGCUCCCAGUGGCUCUGGCGGGAGGUGUGCGGUGGCCGUCGGGCUUCGGGAGCCAGGCUGUCCCGCGCUCGAGUCUGG